UCCUGUUAUCGUGCUGUAUUUAUUUUAAACGAUGUUAAUAGAGCGCGAGUCGCCAUGAAUGCGCAUCCCAGGCGCAUCCGCCUGAAGCCCUGGCUUAUCGCCCAGGUGAACAGCAACCAGUACCCUGGCCUGCAGUGGGUGAACCCCGAACGCAAGCUGUUCUGCAUCCCCUGGCGCCAUGCCACCCGGCACAUCCCCACGCAGGACGACGAGAACACCGUCUUCAAGGCCUGGGCCAAGGAGACGGGCAAGUACAACGAAGGGGUGGACGAGCCCGACCCCGCCAAGUGGAAAGCCAACCUGCGCUGCGCCCUCAACAAGAGCCGGGAGUUCAAGCUGAUCUACGACGGCACCAAGGACACGCCCAUGCAGCCCUACAAGAUCUACGAGGUGUGCCCGGGCCCCCAGCCCGACGGAGGUACCCGCAGCCGGGCCGGGGGGCGGGGAGCCCCCGACCCCGCCAAGUGGAAAGCCAACCUGCGCUGCGCCCUCAACAAGAGCCGGGAGUUCAAGCUGAUCUACGACGGCACCAAGGACACGCCCAUGCAGCCCUACAAGAUCUACGAGGUGUGCCCGGGCCCCCAGCCCGACGGAG